AGGACCUAUGGCAAAGGGAAAAAAGGUUAGUUACAUACAUGUGUACUACGCAGGAUACACGGUACCUAAACUUUACGCAGCCCAUGCAUCCUGCAGCCCACCGAAACGCGAGAUCCAGACCCCUCACCCAGUGGAGAUUUACCUAUAGUAUUGUACCACGCCAGCCGCAGGAAGUAGACCAGCUAAGAGCAGCUUGCAUAAAGAUGUGUUUAUUAUUGUACGAAGUAAAGUUGGGGUUACCUAAUAAAUUAGGUGCAUAUCACCUUUUCAAACCAUGUAAGUCGCAUCGCCUGUUUUCUGCUUCAAAAUUACUUGAAAAAAUUUUAGUAUUUACUUUUUACUUGGUAUUCACUUGGUAUGGUUACCGACUUGAUCGAUCGAUUUAUAAAACAGACUUCGCAAUUUGGUUGGUUGCCUAUGGACCUGCUUGCUAUCUAGUCCGAAUGAAAUAAUUCAUCGCGCACUCAUAUCAUAAAAAAACAUAGCGAAGAUCCUCCACCAUGACGUCCAACCAUAUAUCAGAUUCGUAUAUCGGUUGACGAGAGAGGAUACUGUACGUCGUUAAGCAAAGCUACCAUAAUAGAAAAAUGAGAUAUCGACGAUAA